AGACGGUUUACAUGUACUCUCUUUAAGAAUUAUGAUUAGACCUGCGGGGAAUUAUCUCUCAAUUCCAAACAGAGCAAAACUCAACCAUCCAUGGCCGCAAACCCUUCCCGCCUUAUCCUCCGCCCAACUCUAAAUGUCUACUUUAAAUCUCCCAUUUCCAAAACCCUCCAUCUUUCUCCUUCCUCUUCUUUCUCUCAUAUAGCUCCUCGCCGAACUAUAUCCUUCCAUAUCGCUACCAGAUGUUCGUCUUCGCGCUCAUCAUCGCAUGUCGGAACUUACAAUGAUUCAUCUGCUAAUGCCGGGCGCUCUGGUGGAUUUAUAUCUCCGGCGAUCACUGAAACUCCGCAGAAAAUCGAUGUCAAUCCGCCUAAAGGUACCAGAGAUUUUCCACCGGAGGAAAUGCGAUUGAGAAGCUGGUUGUUUCAGAAUUUCAGAGAGGUAUCACAAUUAUUUGGUUUUGAGGAGGUUGAUUUCCCGGUGUUAGAAUCUGAGGCAUUGUUCAUCAGAAAAGCUGGAGAGGAAAUAAGGGACCAGUUAUAUUGUUUUGAAGAUCGUGGGAAUCGCCGCGUUGCAUUGAGGCCUGAACUCACUCCAUCAUUGGCAAGGCUAGUUAUACAGAAAGGAAAAUCCAUAUCCCUGCCACUGAAAUGGUUUGCAAUUGGACAGUGUUGGCGCUAUGAAAGAAUGACCAGAGGUCGGCGUCGUGAACACUACCAGUGGAAUAUGGAUGUUAUUGGUGUGCCUGAAGUUACGGCGGAAGCAGAGCUAAUUUCUGCUAUAGUCACCUUCUUCAAGAGACUAGGGAUCACGGAAACAGAUGUUGGAUUCAAGGUUUCAAGCAGAAAGGUUUUGCAGGAAGUUUUGAGGUUUUACGGUGUUCCUGAAGAAUCAUUUGGAAGAGUUUGUAUAGUUAUUGACAAGUUAGAAAAGAUUCCACUUGAUGAGAUUAAGAAAGAGUUGAAGUAUGCUGGAAUGCCUGAUGAUGGAAUAGAGGAACUUCUUGAGGUCCUAUCUAUAAAGUCUUUGACACAAUUGGAAGAGAGACUUGGAACUUCUGGUGAAGCUGUCAAUGAACUGAAGCAACUUUUUGCACUUGCUGAGCAAUUUGGUUGUUCUGAAUGGAUCCAAUUUGAUGCAUCUAUUGUCCGUGGUCUGGCUUAUUAUACUGGGAUCGUGUUUGAGGGAUUUGACAGACAAAAAAAAUUGCGGGCCAUUUGUGGUGGUGGGCGUUAUGAUCGACUGUUGUCUACAUUUGGAGGUGAUGAUAUCCCAGCCUGUGGUUUUGGAUUUGGUGAUGCAGUAAUUGUGGAACUGCUAAAGGAUAGGAAUCUUCUUCCUGAACUUGGCCUUGAGGUUGACAACAUAGUAUGCUCGCUUGACCCUGAACUUCAAGGUUCAUCAGCAUUAGUUGCUUCUACUUUAAGAGGAAAAGGUCAAAGUGUUGAUUUGGUAUUGGAAAGCAAGCCGUUAAAAUGGGUAUUUAAACGAGCUUCACGGAUAAAUGCUCGUCGUUUAGUACUGAUUGGGAGUUCUGAGUGGAAAAAGGGUAUGGUGGCAGUGAAAAUACUCUCAACGGGCGAACAAUAUGAAGUCAAACUAGAUGAGUUAGAUUGACAACGGAUUAUCUUUACUUUCUAGUGUUCUAUUUUUCAUAUUUUUGUAGUCCCUAAUUGAUAAUUUUCUCUUAUUUACUUAUUCUUGCUAGUUACGAAUGUAUGUUAUUCAUGCUACUUUGUUUAAUUCUUUCCCUGCUUAUUGAGGGGGUGCACAUAUUUGCUUGA